CUGAUAAUGCAUGCGCUUUCCGCAGCCCUGCGCGAUCUCAAGACUCUCCGUGUGUUUUAGUCAGAACAUCGCGGUUUUGAGAAACACAUAACAUAACGCUUAAGCUUUCUCGCUGCUGUUAAGAUAUUCUGACAGGUGUGGUGGUGUGUUACCCUAUACACCCACCCACAGGUGUCAUGUGACAGAUGAAUGUCGAUUUCACUGCCACAUUUUGACUGGAUCUUACAGGACAUUCCUGGAUAACGGUUAACGUCACGGAUAAUGGGACACCUACCCCGACCCCCAGGAUAUCGGCGGGGGUCGAGUGUAUGUGUGGUCUUUGUGAAAUUCCUGAUCGUGUGUCUGUGGGUGGAGGGUGUGGUUGGGACCUCACACAUUGUGUUCACCCCCCUCGGUGCUGGGACCAGUGACGUCGCUCUGCUAAUAGUUCCAGAGAUUAAUUUAGAAAACACGGCAUAUGAAGAGCUUGGUUUCGCCAUGAAAUCUCAAUCACCAUUCCCGUUGUGGAUAGCUGUAAUAGACACACAGGCGCACGGCGGGGUGGUCACCAAGGAGACACUUCCGGUGCUGGUGGCGGAAACGCUGGCGGCGCUUGGUCUACAUGGUAUGAACAUAGACACCGUCGAUAUCUUCCUGGCCGGUCACGGAAAAGCAGGACCAAUAGUUACAAGUUACGUGCACAGCGCUCCUGAACUGUUCCGUGGCGUUAUUCUGUUCGGCUCUUACUUCAAAAAGGGCUACAAGGCUUCAACGUUUCCGCUUCCGGUACUCAUACUGUCAGGUGACCUGGACGGGAUCUCGCGCAUUACGAGAGUUGCCGACAACUACCAAGAUCUGCGCCAGGAUGCUGUGUUCGAUCCCGACAUCAUCGUGCAGAGUCCCCUCAUCAUCCUGGACGGCUACAACCACGGCGUGUUCUCGUCGGGCGAGCUGCCGGGGGCCAUGCAGCAGCUGGACAUCGACUCGGAGCAGUACAUCGACGACGGCCACACCAUCAUCACCAACUUCACCAUGAUGUUCAUCGCUAACACACUACAGCUGCCCGAGUCACCGCUUGAGAAGAUCCGAACCACAUUCCGUGAGGAGAUUCGCAAAGCUGGAAAACUGAUGAAGGUGAUUCUAGAGGUAAAGGCGCUGACACACAACGAUAAGUUCGAGUCGUAUUUCGUGAGAACCACUCAGAAAUGGCUUUCUGGACUCCGGGGAGAAGAGUCACAACUCCUGCGUGUGGAGGGUUUCAUUGUAGGAGACGCCACCGACAUUCCCCCGACACUGAUGCAAGAGAGAGAGGAGACAUCUGUCGUCAGUUUUGCCGAUAUCACAUGGUCUAACAGUGGCGAUAUGGAACAGCCUCACGCUCCUGUCGAGAUUGCUGCCCGAAUGCUAGGUCCGGACCGAAUUCGAGCGGCACUUUCCAACAUCACUGUUACAAAAUACUAUACUUGUAAAGAUUUCAAUUAUGCAUCGUUCAUGACAGCUUACCACAAAUCGCACAAACUUGCACAAGAUCGGUUUGACCGGAAACACCGAGGAGUUAUUUUCCAUGAUGACCUACUGACCCAGUCCGACAAGGCGUGGGAAGGGAGUCGUCUGCUGGUGGACACUGUGGGUCACGAGCUGCACGUGACGGGCGUGUCGUACAAGACCCCGAACAGCGCGGCGCUGGGGAAACGUGCGGGCCUAUUCUACUGCAAGAUGUUACCCCCUGACAGAGCCAUGGAGUGGAUCUACGUGGACUCAUUGAGACGCAACAUGCCCGUCAAGUGAACAGUUAUGCUAGGAUCAGACUGCCAACUGCCACGACAAGGUUGGCCAACUUUCUGCUCUCACGCGACUUUUACGACCUUUCUGUUGCCAGUCUGAGCGCUCUUAUAACUCGAUUUUCGUCGUAUGCAACCCCUACGACCGAUGAGUUGUUAAUCUGAACGCAACGGGAGUUCAGGAAACUACAAAUCAAUCGUUGAGUUGACCAACGUCGUCGUGACAGUUGACAGUUUGACCCUAUCGAUAUGCUAGGCUCGGAUUGACAAUUGACAGCUUGGGUCUAACAUAACAGAAAACAAAACCCAACAGAAAUGGUCAGAGUGCUGAUGGAACUAGAUGGAGAAAAAAAGGUAGAAAAAAAGAAUGAACUUUAAAAAUUUGUAAGAAUGUACAUUGGAUGGAGCACAGACAAGAAACGUGUGUGUCGAGUGCUACAUGGAAAACAUGUAAUAAAAUGGUGUUAUGCUAGUAUUGUGGUAGAACUGGAUGACAAAUAUGAAGAAAAUCUUUAAGUGGAAUUUGUUAGAACAUGCAAGAGAGUUAACAGCCAACAUAUAUAAACGUUUCGAAUGUGCAAGGAAAGUCUACAAGAGGGCAGGGAUACAGCGAAAGUAAAAGGGUGGGUUAUGUGAUAAGACAGGAUAGUAAACGAACACCAAUUCGAAAAAAUAAGAGUCCAUAAAGUGGACCACACAAGUACUAGAGGGUAUUAAUAAAAUGUAACUAAUGGUGAUGUAUAUAGUGAGAAAUAGGAACGAAAGCUGAAGCACCAGUUGAAAUUGAUGUUUGGUAGUGAGAGAGUUCUAAUAUAAGGAGACACUUACAAGAAAUGACGAUGACCGUGUUAUUUACAGGGCCGUACCCUGGUCAAAAUCCAGGGGGGGGGGAGGGGGGGGGGGGGGUCAGGGGGCGACUACUUUUUAUAAACAAAUGAAACACUAUACAAAUUAAACCCUGAGAUAUGUAUGCUAUUUUCUGGACAAUAAAAAAAAAAGAGAUUCUAAGGCGGGCAACUGCCUCUCCGGAGGAUACGGCCCUGAUUUAUGAUUUCUUAGUAACCCGAUGCAUUGGUCAAGGAACGGCGAAGAUGAGAUAGGUGUUUAGAAUGUUGAGGAGUUGUGGGUCUCAGAAGUCAAACGUUAUUGUUGAUAUUAACUUAGUAGUAUGCUCAGGAAUAAUGUUGCCAUGCAGUUCCGUAUGGCUGUACUUUCACUAUGUGCAGAAACCCGUCUAAAGGUGACGCCACACGAUGCGAGUGUCUCGUACGAGAAUAGGCGAUUGUGACAAAAUAAACAUUACGAUUUCAUCCGAAUGAUAUGUUGCUAAAAUGUGUUUUGUUUAACGACACCACUAGAGCACAUUAAUUUAUUAAUCAUCGGCUAUAUGAUGUCACUUUCGCACACGCACACAUUCACAUACACGCGCGCGCGCGCACUUCAAUUCUUUAUUUACCUAGAGCUUUACAGCUCAUGGAUACAAAAAACCACAUACCUUACAUACAAUGAUUGCACAAUAUAGUGUAGUGCAGGAGAAUACAAUAUAAAACAUACACAUAUAAAUACACACACAUAUAUGCAUAUAUACAUACAUAUACAUAUACAUAUUAAUCAAUCUAACUAAUCAUACUAUAUAUAAAGUGGCGAUAGUUAAACUACUAUUGUGAUAGUAUUGCAAUAGUGAUAGUAUUGUGAAUCCUUACAAUCGCUUGAUAACAGUACUAUAAAUAGAUAUUUCGCAAAACCAUUUACUUCAAUCUUCCAAUAUAUAUGUAUGUGUUUGUGUGUGUGUGUGUGUUUGUACUUAGUUAUUUGUAAUAAUGACACAAUGUAGUAAAAUGAUAUUUAAUAAAUUUAUAAUAUAAAGACCCCACAUUGUUGUUGUUAUGCUUUAUUUCCUAUGGUGUCCAAUGUCUUUGCAGAAAGAUCAACUUUAUUAUUAGACUAUUUAUGGUUUCGAAGGUUUCUGCAGAAUUUUUUUAAUUUUUAUGGUUUCCAAUGUUUGUGUAGAAAAAUUAACGUGACCACGUGUUUUGACUUUAAUUGCGAUCGCUGCAGUGACAAUAUCGCCAGCUGUUGAAAACACUAUCUGAGGGCGCCGACGUAGUAGGGACGCAGAGGUACGUCUUUGCAAUAUGGAUAACAAUGAAUAUCUUUGACUAGUUUUACUCCACAAGAUCAAAGGAUUUCACUAUUCAUACUAUCGAAACUAUCAAUAGUGGAGCAAACAAUAAUUGCGAUAUUUAUUGAUAGUUGAAUUAACUAUCGAUGCAUUGCUAUCGAGACACUAACUAUCGCAAUAUAUCGAUAGUUCGAUGUAUUGUUACACCACUAUCAAAUAUAUAUUUACUAAGUUGAUUUAAUUCUUUAAUAGUUUUAACACUGAAUAACAAGAUAAGUUUAUAGGCUGACGGUAUUUUCCAGUAAAACUGUUUGAUAUAUUUACUGUCAUUCUAACAAAAAAUUAUAUUCAUCCUCAACUUUAUUCAGAUUACACUAAAUACAAGUUCUUUCUGUUCUUUCUAUAUUUCUAUACCUUCCCGCCCCACAGCCAAGACGUGUGCUGAUAAUCGUAAUUUAGUUAACAAUAUGCGCUUUUGUUAGGAAUAUAUUUUUGUAAAUAAUACUGUAAACACAAGUUAUCAACAACAAAAUAUAAAAAUAUGUCACAGCUGAAAACUAUAUUUGUUAUUUUUUUGGUGUUCAGUAUAACUGAAGUAUUUAAUUCAUUAUCGUCUACGAAUAUGUGUUCAUUUUGUGUUAAAUUUGUCCGUUUCACAGUGUUUUAACAUAAUGCUCUCUGACCCCUAACAUCUGAUUAUGAAAUACACAUUUAUAUAAUUAAACGUUGGUGCUAUAAAUGUUUUGUUUACUAUUCGUGUUGCUUAGUAACGAUUUGUUUACUAUUCGUGUUGCUUAAUAACGAUUUUCAACAUAGUUUUGAAAGUAUUAUGUUUAGUUUUGAUAUAUUCUACUAUCAUGUCUGAUGUGAAGUUGAUGUUAUGAUGGUCAUACAUACUGUAUGUACGAUAUAUAAUAAACAUUGUAUAAUAAA